GUCUAGGUCCAGUGCAGCUGAGCUAAGCUUUGGUCUUGGGUUUCCCAAUCCAACCCGCCAAAAGGCUUCGAGGCAGAAACAAGGGCCGGAUAAAAAAAAAAUUACGCUGCCUGAAAGGAUAACAAUUUCGGUGUCCAGCAAGUCUUAAUCAUUGUACAUUUGUCCAAUGCUAAAGUGUUCUUUGCAUUAAUAUUGAAAUUUCAUCUUCUAUUUUACAUGCUUAACACCUCCCCAUUCCUCUGAACCCUACGCAUUACUCUGUACACUUUUUCUUCACCACAACGUGCUACUAUCUCAAUCCACCCGUUGUACUGCCCACACUUGGUAUCCAUCGGCCAUUAUGGAGGAGAAUCUCGACGUGCUUCCGCAAUAUAUUCUAGAAAAGCUCAAAAGCCUGCAGUUGGAGCUCGAGGACGGUGAUAUCACGCAAAAAGGCUUUGACAAGAAACGGCAACAGAUCCUGUCUCCUUAUGCAGAGCUCAUGAAUCGCCCUCCUCAGACUGAAGAUGGCCAAUCCGUCGCUAACGAUAUGGAAGCAAACCAUAACCAACUAGCAAGGCCCGAGCAUAGCCCAGCCAAUCCUGCCAUCGACCGAGAUUUACGACCUUCGCAAUCUAUGAAUAAUAUGGCCACAGCAUCAAGUGUGAAUGACAUAAAGAAAAGCUUAUCCUCAGAUGGCAUGACAGGCGAUCCGCAACAGAUACACAGUCGUCCUCUGCCAGUUCCACCACUAGGAAGCGGCAAUGCCGCUGUGGGCCGAGGACGACCGCCACCAGAACUAUCCAUAAAUAUUCCUGGACGAGCACCCACAUUUGGCCGACCGCCACCUAACGCGUCUAUGAUGGGCAGACCACCACCGCCUUCCAAUCAGUUUUCUACAUUUCCUCCCAAUGUCAGACCGCCUAAUUAUAGACCCGGUCAACCCAACCCGCCUUAUGUCGCUCGUCCGCCUGGCAUGUAUGCCAACCUACCUGGACAGCCCAUGCCUUUGCGUCCAAUGGGUAGCAUAAACCAUCGACCUAUGCCCCCUCCGCAGGGUCCAGGCUACAACAAUUUUGCCCAACCUGGUCCCCAGCCACCUGGUAUGCGGCCAAGAAAUUGGAUGCCGCCAUCCGAUGGCCCAAGAAAACGACGAAGUAUAGAUAUGGUACAAGAGAGAAUGGAAGGUGCUGGGUUAGCCAAGUCAUCUACAAUACGCACAGUCGAUCCUAACAGUCAGCGUGGAGAUUGGGAUACACAAUCUGUAAGAUCAGUCAAUCGUACAAGCGUUGGUCAUAACCGUAGUCCUUCCAUGGUGUCCACCAUAUCCGCUGCUCAAUUCGCAUCGCCUACCACAGCACGUCCCACAGACAAUCGAUUCAGCCACAGAAGAUCAACCUCGGGUAGCAGUGGGCGGUAUUCUAGCAAUGGCAUGGUUCCUAACUUUCGAGCCUUGGAACCUCCACCCCAACCUCUCACCAAUCUCGGUCAUUUAUCUCCUCAUGUGCUGUUGCAACUUGCUGGUCACCAAAUGUUACCGCUGGAACCACGAGAGGUGCCUCCUGGUAUAUUGGAUGUCAAUGGUCACACCGAGAUGAGCUGCUUUAGCAGUAUUGCCGAAAUUUUACGACAUAGAGCUCUCAAUACUGGACGGACAGUAGCAUUCACGACCCUUGAUCCCAAGGGUAAGGAAGUAGCGUCGUUGACCUGGGAGAAAGUGAACGCUAGAGCAGAGAAGGUGGCCCAUGUGAUUCGCCAAAAAUCAGGUCUCAACCAUGGUGACCGCGCAGCUUUGAUUUAUCGUAAAUCAGAGAUCUUAGACUUCAUUGUAGCCUUGUUGGGAUGCUUUUUAGCCGGUGUUGUCGCUGUACCGAUUAAUGCAGCUGAGGAAAUGGCUGAACUCUCAUUCAUCCUCAGUUCCACCAAUGUUUACCUGGCUUUGACCACCGACUAUAACUUGCGAGCCUUUACUAAAGAUCUGCAAAGUCGCCAGCAGGAGUUCCCUCCCAACAUUGAGUGGUGGAAAACAAAUGAAUUUGGCUCAUGGUACCCAAAGAGUAAAGGCGGCAGUGACUAUCCAGAGAUCACACUACCCGAUCUUGCCUACAUUGAAUAUAGUAAGGCUCCCAAUGGCGAACUGAAGGGCGUUGCUAUUUCACAUCGUACCAUCAUGGCACAGUGCAUUGCUUACAAGGCCGCCAUAUCACCUUCCGAACCACAAGCCAAUGGCCGUCCAGCAUUUACUGGUCCUGACACCGUGGUCAGUUAUCUUGAACCUCGUCAACAGGUCGGGUUGAUCAUUGGAAUUCUCUGCUCUGUGUUUUCUGGAAACUCCACUGUUUUGGUCAGCUCCACUGUCAUGGACUCGGCGGCUAUCUGGAUCAAUAUCUUAUCCAGAUACCGUGCAACGAUUGCUACUGCCGAUUAUACUGCUCUUCAAGGUGUGACCCGACAAUUUAGUUUCAAUAGAGCAGAGGUGAUGAAUUACAACAAGAAGCAACCGGCAGAUUUAUCCUCUCUUCGACUUCUACUCAUCGAUACGUUGAUUGUCGACUCGGAAACCGAUGUUCAUAUUGCUGAAAAUCUUCUUCUACCUCUUGGUGUGGCUGAUCCACUUCAAGUGGUGUGCGCCAUGUCGUCACUUCCAGAACAUGGUGGAAUGAUUCUCAGUCUAAGAGAUUAUCUUGGCCCUGCUAAAUUAGAGGAAGUCGUUUCAAAUGACAAGCCAGACAAAGACGGUCAGAGUAUGUCUAUCCGAUGGAUCACAGCUGAAGGUUCAUCCAGGGAUUAUUGGGAGUGUUUAUUGGAUCGUGAAGCGCUCAAGGACAAUCGCAUCGUUGUCUUGGCAACAGGAGCUGAUGUUCAAGAGCAGCUACCUACCACUAAAGCUGUCUUGGCGACUGCAUUUGGUUUUGCCAUGCCUGAAGCAACCGUUGCUGUUGUCGACCCAGAAACCACAGCACUUUGUGCACCGGAAACCAUUGGAGAAAUAUGGGUUGACUCACCUUCAUUGUCAGGAGGGUUCUGGGCCUUGCCAAAACAUACCGAGGCGAUAUUCCACGCCCGUCCACUUCUCAUUCCGCCUGACACAUUGUACCCUGAACCCUAUGAUCAAGAAUUUUUACGAACGGGCCUUCUUGGCGCUACAGUUGGUGGACGUAUUGUUGUAUUUGGAUUGUACGAAGAUCGUGUGCGUCAGCAGAAACUUGGUGCGGAUAUCGGUAUUGACGAGGUUCACUUUUCUACGGAUCUGACCAAGACGGUGCUAAAGAGAGUCGCUGUCGAAAAUUGUGCUAUUUUUGAAGUCAUGGUCAAUGGAGAACAUUUACCUGUGGUCGUCUGUGAAUCCAACUUCCCCAAAGAAGACCUUGCUAGGUUAGCCGAUGGCGUCUCGGAUGUCUUGCUGGAAGAUCAUGGGUUGCGCAUCUUCACCAUCCUAGUGUGUCCUAUCAACUCUAUCCCUCGACACUUCAAGCAUGGUCGCAAGCACAUUCACACCAUGCAGUGCAAGAAGGCUUAUGAGAUGGGACGUCUGAACCCUGUUUAUGUCAAGAUUGAUGUUGAUCGCACUAUCUUUAGCGUUCCCAAGCGAGAAGAGAGUGUAGCUAGCGCUAGUGUCUGGCGGAGCAGUGUCGUUGCUUACGACGAAGCUAUACGAAGAGGCUUGAUUUACGGAGGUGGCUUGCCGCAACAUACUGGAAUGGAAUCUGUGCGUGAAGUCAUUGAUGAACGAACCGGAUUCGAUUUGUCGAAAUUUACCAAUAUCGUCGACAUUUUGCUCUGGAGAACAGCUGUCCACCCAGAGGAAACCGCCUAUAUUUCUUUGGAGAAUAAGGCCAAAGAGACGAAAGCUUAUACAUGGCGAAAAAUCAAUGGCAAAAUCGCUUCCACUACCUAUUACCUUACCAAGAAAGGAUUGCGCACACCUUCACGGGCUCUUAUUGUGAUUCCGUUCGGGAUUGAAUUCAUUCAAGCCAUCUAUGCCUGUUUGGUGCUUGGUGUUGUGCCCAUUCCUGUAGAGCCCAUGGAGCUGCAGCGCAUCAAGCAGGAUACUUCGGUUUUGUUGAACGUUGCCAUGGACCAUGGUGUAAGUCAUAUCUUGGUCAACUCCGUCACGGAUGAGUUGUUCAAGAACAAGCAAGUCUCUAUGCUUUGGCGACAGUUUUCUGGCCGAGGAACGAAAAUGCCUGAGCUGGUCAAUAUCUCAAAAAUGUCAAAGUAUGGAAAGCUCCUGGGUAAGGAGAGUGGCUACACCGUCAAACGGGAAUGGCUAUCUCCUGACUACGUUGCCAUGAUCACGGUCAGCCAUACUCCAGACAUGGUCCGACAAUCGGCUCGAUUCAACCAUCAGGUCAUUAUCGCUCAGUGUCAGACGCAAAAGAUCACUUGUCAGAUGCGAUCCCAGCGUGGUAUAGUUGCAAACUCCUUGUGCGGUUAUAGCGGACUGGGGCUUUUGAUGGCUGCUUUCUGUGGCGUGUAUGUCGGAUCACCUACGUUGCUGCUCAAUUCUACAGACUAUUUCCAAUCGUCCGUUGUGUUCUUCGAAUGGCUUCAACGUUUGAAAGUGAAAGAUACUGUAACAACGUAUCCAUUGCUUCAGUAUGCCAUGAACCACAUUACCACGGGCGAACAUAGAAAGUUUACACUUCAAAAUGUCCAAAACCUAAUGAUUUCUUCCGAAGGAAGACCCAAACCGCAUUUCUAUCAUCAAAUGCUCAAAUACUUCCAUGCUAAUCGACUGAGUAAGGAAACCAUCAACAAUGUGUACAGUAGUAGCAUGAACCCGAUGAUUACUACCCGGUCGUACAUGCUCAUGGAACCUAUAACACUAUUGAUUGAUUUGGUAUCGCUUCGUCGGGGUAUCGUACGUGUAUUACCGCCCGAAGAAGAGACUCUUGGCAUACUUUUGCACGACUCUGGCAUCGUUCCCAGUACCACCAUGAUCGCUAUCGUCAACCCAGAGACACGAAUCGUCUGCCCUGCCAACGUGGUUGGUGAAAUUUGGGUUGUUUCCACUGCCACUGUCAAAGGCUUUACCGAAGAGGAUCAAAAGACCCAUGAAGGCAAGUUCAGUGCUUCGAUUCAAGGAGGUGACCCACGUAUCUCUUAUGCGCGUACUGGGGAUCUCGGUUUCUUAUGGCCUGUCCAACGUCGGGUAGGAUCGUUAAACCCGAAUGUCGAAGAAGGACAAUGCUUGUUUGUGCUCGGAAAGCUUGAGGAAACCUUUGAAGUCAACGGCGCAAUGUACUUCCCUCAGGAUGUAGAGGCGUCCAUCGAGCGUUGCCAUCCUGCUAUUCCUCCUGGUGGGGCGAUCACCUUCCAAUCCGUUAAUGAAACUGUUACCAUUGUGGCUGUCAAGUCGGCUGAAGCUGCUCUCUCUGUGGUUCCUUCCAUUGUCAAUGCUGUGCUACAGGAGCACAUGUUCUUGAUAGACACCAUUGUUAUUGUCUCUCAAGGUAACUUACCGAAAACCCGAAUGGGCGACAAACAACGAGGAAGAGCCUUCGUGGCGUAUAUGGAGAAGAGCCUUGCAGCACUCCACGUUAGAAGAAUCACCAAUCAAAACUCUCCACUUGAGUUGCCAUCCCAUUCUGGCUCGGUCUACAACUUUGAUGACGCUGCUUCAUUCAUGUCCCGCCGUAGAUCUAUCAAGUCUGGCGUCUCAGGUCAUGAUCAGACUGCCAAGGACGAUGGAACUUCAGGCGAAGGCUAUGUAGCAAGUCCAACCCAGAGUCAAUUCGAGUUACCUCGUAUGGACAGUCCUGGUCCUCUUGAAUUUGACCAUGAUCUGGGCCAGGCGUGAAAGUCUGAAUUGAGGGUUCUACUAUAUUUUUCUUCUUAUAUCUUCAGACGAGUUUUGUAAUAUUUAGGCCAAUUGUUUUUUGGUUGUUUUUUUUUUUUGGGAUUUUUAUACAUA